UCGAUCCCCGAUAUCACCGAACUCUCACUCGAACACAACCCAGACAUCUUCACCAUCAUCUGCUGCAAUGACAGCUUCCAACUCGCCCUCGACCACAGCACCAUCAAGACCCUCCUCCGAGUGUGCAAACGAGCCCGCCCACUCCUGAGCUUCAAGCUGCCUUGUUUCAACACCUGGUGUCAGAUGGCAGGACUGUGUCAUCCAGAUGGACAGAUUCAGAUCGGUCUCACCCCCAGCGAGACGAUUGCGCUCUCGCUACACUGCGAGAACCAAUACACUGGCAGCCAGUCCUGGCUCGCUGCUCUGGCGGACCAAGGAAACGCAUCCGCCUCCUAUAUCCUGGCAAAGAUCCUCCAACUCGAUCUCGACCAAGACCAAGUGAAAUGGUCCGAGAAGGAAGCCACCAAGCAGCAAAUCUUCCACCAUUUGGAGAACGCCGCCAACACAAGCCAUCCAAUGGCACUGUUCCACCUGGCUGGCUGCUAUCACGAUGGCACUGGAGUCGACCAAGACCACACCAAGGCCGCCGGGCUCUAUCGCAGUCUUGCUGAACGUGGAAUCCUUCAGGCCCAAAUCUCCCUUGGUCAAAGUUAUGAGAACGGCGAAGGUGUCGAUCAAGACUUCAAUGCAGCCAUCGAGUGGUACUCCAAGGCUGAAGAUCAAGGCAGCGAGGACAGCCGACUCCAUAUCCAUCUGACGGCUGUGUGUCUUGUCAAUGGAUUCGGAACCACCGAGGACGAGAAGAAGGCAGCUAGCAUCUUUGAACAACUCGCCAACGAUGGUCACAGCGACAGUCAGUUGUGGAUCGGAGUGUGCUAUCGAUGGGGUCUGGGAGUAUUACCGAGCCGAAAGAAGGCAUUCGAGCGGUUCAGCAUGUCGGCCGACCAAGGCAACUCAUAUGGGCAGUGGUGGGUUGGUUUUUGCUACCUCAAUGAAUACGGAGUCACCAGAGACGAACUCAAGGCAGUCGAGUGGUAUCGCAAGUCGGCCGACCAGGACAAUCGAUAUGGACAAUAUCAUCUCGGCAACUGCUACAGGAAUGGCUAUGGUGUCCCUCAGAACAUCAACACCGCCGUUUUCUGGUAUCGCAAGUCCGCCGAGCAGGGUUUCCAAGAUGCCAUCGUCAGCCUCAAACAAUUCGGCCAGUGGCCCUGAUCCCUUGAGUUCCACUCCCAAAGUAAUAAGCUACCACAUCCAACAUUCAACCAAAUUGCACCGCCACCACCCACCAUGAUACCAAAUAGU